AUGGCUGGAAAAACAGCGGGGAUCAUAGUUAUUGGCGAUGAAAUAUUGAAGGGACACACUCGAGAUACAAAUUCUAGCUUUCUACUUGCUCAACUUUGGUCGCUUGGUGUAAAGGUAGGAAAGGUUUCAAUGAUUUCCGAUGACAUUGAACAAAUUGCACAAGAAGUGAAGGACUUCUCCAAAAAUUAUUCCUUUGUUUUCACAUCAGGAGGCAUCGGGCCAACUCAUGAUGAUGUUACAAUAUCAGGAGUUGCAAAGGCUUUUGAGGAACCCCUUAAGCGACAUCCAGAAAUGUCCGAUGUUCUCCAAAAGCUUUGUGCCCUAGACAAAACUGUUGUGAAUGAUUCAAUACUGAAGAUGGCUUUAUUGCCAGAAUCAGCUAGCCUUUUGUUUCAUUCAGAGGGUCAAAACAAUGCUGAAGUUAGUUUUCCAUUGAUAACUGUGCAUAACGUCUUCAUAUUCCCAGGAAUUCCAGAGUAUCUAGAAAGGUCUUUUACCAGGUUCAGCCACAUGUUUCAUGCUCCAGAGACAAAAUUUUACUUGUAUAAAUUGUAUGUCUCUGUUGGUGAAUCUGAGAUUGCAGAUGCUUUAACUAAUGUUGAUUCUAAUUUCAAAGAGUGCUUACAUUUAGGCUCGUAUCCAUGUGUAGAUGAAAAAAGCUACAAAGUGAAAGUUACCCUAGAAUCUGAAGAGGUAGCAAAGGUAGAAGCUGCUUAUAAUCUAUUAGUAAAAGAAUUGCCAAAUGGCUCUAUACUGAGAGUUAAAAAAUUUUCCCCAAACUCAAGAGAUGCCUAUCAGGAAGUAUUCAAACCAGGAUGUAGAGCAGGCAGAUUCAACAGCAUUACAGAGGUUGAUCAGGCAGCUGUUAUUGGAACUGAAGAAUUAUUGUUGCCCUCAAACUACAGCCACCUUUCGUCUGCUGUCAAGUGUGCCUGGGCUGCUCUAAGUGAAGCACUCAACCAAUAUGAACUAAAUGAAAUCUGCAUUGGUUUUAAUGGAGGGAAAGACUGCACUGUAGCGUUGCAUCUCUGGCUUGUUGCAUUGAAGAAAAGGUACCCUCGGUUCCAAGAUAAGCCUGCUGCUUUGUACAUCAAAAACGAGGCCCCUUUCCCUGAAGCCGAGGAAUUCAUCAAACAGACAGCACUUUCUUAUAAUCUCGACUUAAUUGUGAUACAAAAGGGUAUGAAGGAAGCACUCGAGGAACUGCAAAAUCUGCGCCCAGGUUUAAAGGCUUGCUUAAUGGGAACUCGACGUCAUGACCCAUAUUCGGCAAAACUGCGUCCUUUCUCACCAACUGACAAAAGUUGGCCCAGAUUUAUGAGAAUCUUGCCUAUUCUGGAUUGGUCGUACGAGGAAGUUUGGGAAUUCAUACGGACACUCAGUUUGCCGUAUUGCAGUCUGUAUGACAAUGGCUAUACAUCCUUAGGUUCUCAAGAAAACACCCAUCCAAACCCAAUCUUACGACAAAAUGAUGGCACCUACUUGCCAGCAUAUUGUUUAAGUGAUGAAACAAAGGAAAGGGAUGGACGAGAUUAGAAUGAAAAACACGACCCCGCUUAUGUAGCAUUCAAUACCAACCAAGCAUCUUCCCCUAUCCUUUAUAACUGAAUUAAAAAAAUGGGUAUUGUACCGUUAAAAACUUAAGAUAGGUAACAAUAAUUAGAUGCAGAUUUCCAAGCCUAAAGUUCUCCUCGCCUCCAAAUAGAUAAUCGACGUUUUCGAUACAAUAUGCCAUCGUCAACAAAUAAUCAAUAAAGGACCCCAAAAUCUUUCCUCUAGCAAAUCUUUCCACAAUUCGAAACUCUACCCAUUUCAGCUGCGCUCAAACGAUCUAAGUAAGCUGCUCUCGUAAAUUCUUAUUCCUUGAUAACGUUAAUGAAAUAAUCCAAGAAAGAAAUUGAUUUAAAUCACAAAUAUUGAGAAAUUUGUUCAAGCUUUGAGGUGUAACCCCCCUCUCCCUAGCUACGAAGGAGUACCCCAGAGCUGUGUCAAUUUUCCUCUUCUUGGAAAGGGUUUUGAAAUAUAAAACUGUUUUUUUAAUUCCUCCCCAACAUUGUUAUAUUGUUGGAUUGAAAGCAUAUGUUUAUACCAACCUGCGGAAUGGAGGAAGUUGAUAGCAGUACUUCUGAUGUUCCCAUUAUCGAUUAUAAAGUUUUGGAGAACCUUUAAAACCCAGUAAAUGACAACUGUCUCUACUAUUUAGUAUUACUAUGCUAUUAAUGUUUUAGCAAUCCAUUUUUCUUCUAAGAUUUUAUCCUUUAAUGUUUUAUUUCAUUAUGAUUUUCUUAAAAGAGAAUGAUCAAAGAAUGAAUGGAUUUUCGAAAUAAUUGUUUUUUAAAUGUUAAGAUAAUUUAGAGAUAAUUGUUAUGUUUUUGAAACCUGUUUCAAGUUAAAAAUGGGCAAGAAGAAAGGAAGAUUUAUCUUUGUUGUAUUCGUAGAAAAGAAUCAAGGCUAUAACCUAUUUCUGUACGAAGAACUUCUAAGUAAAUUAUGUGGCGAGGUAGUAGAACACAAAACUUGUAUAUACAUUUAUAUAGCAAAACGUUUGUUUCACGAAAAGCAGUGGUGCUAUUUAGAAAAAUCCAUUAAAAGGACAAUGACAAAAAAAUUAAUUUUCUAGGCCUUUCAUCCUUUCAAUGUAAAAUCACAUCAGCUUAUUUCAUGACGCAAAUACGAAUUAUAAGUUAAUUUAAUUCCUCGUUUAUUAUAAUCUAUCUACUGAAAAUUAUCGGUUCAUUACUUGUUACCCCGGGUACCAGAGUUUACAUUUUUUAGCAAUAAAGUUAGAAAAUAAAGAAAAGUUUCUUUCCCAUCACAGCUGUCUGUUAUACUUUAUCUCUGGUUUCACCAAGGUAAAUUUUUGCUUGUAUUUUUUUAUACGGAAGGUUCUAUACACCCAAAACGUGUAUAGAACCUUUGACAAAAAUCUCUAAUUUAUCUUUAAUCGAAAGGGUUUUUUACAGUUUUUUACAGGUUUUUUACAAGUUGUUCGUGUCAUACCUGUGUUCAAGACCGGCGAUACAACUUAUGAUAACAAUAAAUUACCGAUAUCUGUCUUAACCAUAAUUUCCAAAAUGCUCGAAAAGUUCGUUCAUGACCAAUUUUUGAAUUCUAGACAAAGUUAAGCUAUUUAGGAAUUAUCAUUUUUUGGCUUCCAUAAAUGUAACUGUGAUUGAUAAGGGCGUGUUUCCAUUCGACCAUCAAAUGUAACUGAUCCUUGGUACAGUUAUAACAAGGCAUUUUACAUGCAUCAGUACAGCGAAUUCCAAGAAUAUCUUAGGCCAAAUUGAUCAGAGCCUGAAAACAUUGUGCGCUGCUGUAAGAUUUCGCCGAUUUGCAGAAAGGAGGAAACUGGAAACUCUUUACAUGUUUUCUCUGUGCGCAAUUUGAUUGGUCACUGCUGGGGGUCAUGUGGCUGUAAGCAACUUCUCUGUUUCAAAUGCCUUUAAAAAAUGCGUUUGAUAUGCUGGACGAACAUUUUCGCCUUGUAAAAAAGACAUUCAGUGAAAAGAGGUGCGAGUUAAACUAGUUUCAAUUUUACAUUGAAGAUCGUCAACAAUUUGGUUUCUUAAUGGUUCAACUUCAUGAAAUUCGACAGUACAGCUUGGAAUAGGUCCACUGCUGUUUAUCCUGUAUUUUAAUUAUUUUUAGCACAGCAUAAAAAUAUGACAGAUAAAAAGCUUACCAUGUGUGCGUCGGAACGUUUGAAAAUUUCAGCAUAAAUUUUUCUUGUAACAUAAAGGGAGUUGGAUAGACGGAUAUUGUGGAAGGGUGAAGGAUAAGAAAUGAGCGACUGACAACAAGCCAAUUGUAACGGAACCUCAACAUAAUACUGUACUACCAUUUCCUUUCUGAAUUUAGAGAAUUUACAGCAUUAGCUUUAUCUCUGACGUAAAUGACCAUUGGACGUAUGAUUUUCCGCAUACAGUAAACUUUUCCGACAAAACAAAAGAAUUUAAAAAUCACCUCUCUCCCUCCCCGCCAUUUACGUGUCUGCGCAACAGAAUGCAACCAAGAUGUAGCGUCGUAGACUGAGCUACAAGAGAUGCAGAAUGGCCAGUGUCCUAGCGGUUUUGUUAAUAUUUGGUUUGCGUUAGAUAGCUCGGUAACCACGGAAUCAAAUUCAAAUGUUCCAACUCCCGAUUUUGAGCGGGAGUCUCCCAAUUUGAAAGUUCUUCUCCCAUAAUCCCGCUUUCAGAAAAUUGUUCGAAAUUUUCAUCGAAAACCCUAAUUCCAAUGCAUUCAAUUCUUUUUUUCAUCUUCGCUUUAUAGAAAAUUGUUUUCAUAUUUUUAGAGAAUAUUGAUUCGUAAUAUGUAAGACUAUUAUGCUGAUUAAUUGAGACUAUUGAUUGAUUGAGAUUUGAAUAUAGAUGUAAUGGAUAAAUUAUGCUUUACUUUUCAAGCUUAUCACCUACCAAAGGUUUGAAGGGAGUAAAUUUUUGCAAGAGCUGAUUUUUGUGCAAUUUUUUCGCAAAUUUCGUGAGCAUUAAUGUUUGUACAUGGGCUAAAUUCGUAUAUUUCACAAAAACCUAUGAAAAAUCUCCCGAUUUUAAAUAUGUUUAGGCUGGAAUAUCUGCGAAAUUAGACUCUACGCUAGAAAAUUCCCCACGAAAAACAGCCUUGCGGACUUCCUCUCUCCUUGAAGACUUCUACUCUUCCUCCUAAUGUUCGUAUUUCUAAAAGGUCUCCACUCAUAAAGGCCUGAGGUUGCAUAUGGGUGUUGGCUUGAGGCGUCGUGGUACCCAGAAAAGGGCAGGGAGCAAAUGAUCAUAAAGGGGCCUGGUCUUUUGUAUGACAUCUUCAUUCACAAACCCAAGUCGCCUGGAAAUCAUUCACCUAUGAAAUAUUAGAAAGAUACAAAUUUUUAUCAUUUUUAAAGGUUCAUCUGCUAUAUUUUAGCGUGCCUCCUUUUCUCUAACAAUAGUCUCUUUAAGACUGGAACAAAGUCAUUGCUGUAGUACGCACUUAAUACAAACAUAAAUGGGACAGAACUUGCGUACACUGCGAGCGAAGCAAGCAGAAAACUUUUGCGGCCACGUCUUUUGUAUUAGUUUGAAAUACAUUCCAGAAUGUUUCUUGCAGUCAUUUUCUUGCCAUCCUUCAUAACGUUUUAUGAUUUUUUAAAACACACUUUAAUUCGUUUCGCUAAAGUUGAGUGUUUGAAAUGGAAUUCGUUACUUUAAGGGGCCCUCUAGACCUCAAGUCCCUGGGGCAGAUUGCCCCUCCUUGUCCCCCUUUCAGUGGCCCUGUUCAUAUUUCACAUAUCCCUAUCACAGGGUCAUGUUUGUAUAUGUUGACCUCCAAGUCUCUAAUCCUAAACUAUGGACUUGAGUCUACAUGUUAGUGAGGGAUUUUUUACACAUGAAAUAUUUCCUGGGUUUUACAAACUCACUUGAAAGGGGCCCAUGGGGCAAUCUCCCGCCUAGCCACAACACCCCUACGAGUUGGCCAAUGUUUCUCUAAUUUUUAUACCUAAAGGUUAUCAUUAAUCAUGUUGUUCAGGUUAUAUGAUCAAAAGUCAAAAACCCUAAAGAAAGCAUGAUCAAAUGACAUUAUACCAUUUAAUUUCACAAGGGAAGCUGUAGAAUUCAAUUUCACUGUUCACUAGGUAUUCUUAUUUUAGCUUACUUAUUUUAUUCAAGGCUCAUCCUUUCACUCUUAUAUUAAGCCUCGAUGCACUGCAUUUGAUGCCUUUGGGAGUAACAGAGAAACAGUUCGCCAAUCGCCGCUAAAGAACGGAUUUGAGAUUUGAUGAGGGAUGUGGCAAUGUCUUCUGCUGGAGCUAUUUUAUUUCAAUCCAAUUCAAAGAGAUCUUUUGUUGGCGAUGCCUCUUCCUCUUGAAAGUGACAAAUUUAUUUUUUAUAACGUCUCACUUGAUAUCCGGAUAAAAAGCCCAAUGGCUUCGCCGCGGCAUGAACUGGGGUGGAUAUGACAAUCCCAGUUUUCCCAAAGGCCGAUUUUCUAGUAACUCGAAGUCUAGUGAAAAAAACAUUUGGGGUGGGGGUUGUUGAACAGAUCGAUAUUGAUAUUUAUGCUUGCAAAAAAGCCCCUGUUGCGAAAAAUGCUGCUUGAGAAAAAUGCUGCUUUUCAGAAAAUUUCGAAAAUUGAUAAAAGAAAUACUAAAAAAGGCGUUUUCCAUACGUUUCCCGAAAACCUGAAGGGCGUGGACGAGGAAAUUAUCUUUUGUCUACCCCCAAUUUUUGUAGGCUGACGACGCCACUGAAAAUCCCCUACACUCUUUUAAUAAGAACCAGAUAAUUGCCGAGCCUCGAUGUUCUUAACUUUUCGACGAUUACCCUGGGUUACUACCCUGGGUACCAGUUACAUACUGUAUUUAGGUUCUAAGACGUAACAUUUCACAGACCAGAUUGAAAAAUGUUUUUAUGUUUAUAAACUGCAUUGUUUUGUUCUGUUGACAUGACAUAAAUUUCAAAAUGCGAAUUGUUUUUUCAAAUUUCUCAUCUGAAGAUGAGCAUGUUCUAGCCUUGUUCUUUGGGUAAAUCGAGCCUCAGUGUUCUUAUAAAGUGUGUUCUUUGUAUAAAAAAAUAGUGUAGUGUAAACGGGAUCUGAUUCAAAAUCAAUGAUAUAGAACAGUGCCGUCGGAACGAAAUUCAUAUUGGGAGGGGGGCUGCCGAUUGUAUUCCUUCUCAUUCAGUACACUGUUAUAAAGGAAACAUAAUACAGUUUGAAAAUUAUUGGGGACCCCCCAGCCCUCGGUUCUAACGGGCCUGUAGAAGCCCUAAAUCAUCAUUCAAAAUGAGCAACCAUGAUAAGGAGGUUAGCCAGUGAAGCCUCCUUCUCCUCAGAGACUAACAAACUUUCGAUGUCUUGCAGACGAUGAGCAAAGUAGCAGAGCGUUGGUUAUGCGUUGCACAUUAAAACUGAAAUGGGUCGCGCCAGGAAAAUCUUAUUUGAGUCUGAAGAUGUUGAAGAAGUACACAAAAUGAACGAUAAUUUUCGCUGUCAUCAAAAAGCUAGGAGUGCAAGAUUUAAAGAUGGCUUGGCCAAACAGUUGCCUGCAGUUCUCUUCAGUCAGGAGGCCUCGACGUAUUUCAUAAUAAAAAAUGUAAGAAAGGCCUUUUGAUAUAUUUUUUAUCAAUAUGUCUUGAAUAUAAUUUGAUAAAGACCUAUUUGUAAUCAUUGACGUAUUAGCUAAGAACCAUUAGGGUAUUAACAGUGCUUCUACUUUCCAAAAACGAGAUUUCCUUAUUUUUUUCUUCUUUAUGCUAAAAUUUUCUUCCUUAAAGUCAAGAGUGCUUCUACUUUCCAAAAGUUAGUUUCUUUCUGAUUUUCCUCUUCUUUUUUUUUUAAAAAAAGCUCAAAACAAGGUAAAAUUAGUUGCAAAAUGCUUGCCUAGCUACAGCAUGCUACAGUGACAUUAGGGCUCAACUCACCUGUUUGACCAAACUUUUACAAUAGAAUAGCGCCCACAACUCAAUCGUUUGACAGCACACAGAAACAAAAAAAUAUUGAUUGCUUUAGAGCAUAGAAGGUGCACGUGUAGGCAAAAAGGGACAAUUUUAUAAGAACACGAACCUCGAAACUGGUCAAAAGUUAAGAACAAAUUAAAAGCAGGCUGAGGCUGAGCUACGGUUUAAAAUGCAAUUUUGAACAACGUUUUAUCUCAAAAAAGAGGAUUUUUAGCCAUAUGUGGGUGCUUUUUUGGUACAUAGUCAUGGUAAAUAGGCCAUUUCUAUAGGAGGUCAUUUGAUUUCGGCGUGAUCACUGCAGUUUCAUGUGAUAUAGGCAUCUGUUGUUGACAACUUGCUAUUGAUGGAAACUGUUUUGUAAAUCAGUACGAAGUGAGUUCAUGUGACCAGUUCCAGGUUAACCAAUAGCAUCGCAGCACGAAAAUCAUGACUCUUGCGGAUUUGGUUUUGUGGUGACUGAUAAACUCUACGCGACGUUGCCAUAUUGGCAUCAGAAUAACGAGGCCAAUUUUUAUGAUAGCUACCAGUCUUGUCCUGCCAGUAGUUUUGCGGCCUACUGACACACAGUCAGACCAUUUGGGUGAUAUCAUCUCCAGCAAGGCAGACGUCUUGAGAGUGGCCUAAUUAUUGUAAAGAGAAUGAAUCUGUUAUGGUUCUAUGAAGCGUUGGUACGGGAUCAUUUACAAACGCCGUUACAGUUUUCUUUGUAGCUCAGUCAAUGUCCUCAUAAUUCUGGAACGUAGACUCAAUACAGAGCUUAAAGAGAAUUUGAGCCCAUACAAAGGAACCUUUCCCAAAUUCGUCGAAAACUCCUGCUUUGAUAAUAUGAAGAAUUUUGCUUAAUAAGUACAGUUGUCCGUUUGUAUAUCUGCGAAGGAGUUCGUUCAAGGUAUGGCCAUGGAAAUUUUAGCCAGUUAAUAAACGAUGCCAAAAGAAAUUCCCCUUGCUUUGUUGCCAGAAUUUAGGCCCCAUAUUCCAAUCCUAAGACCUCCAGACCUUCUUGGCUGUUUAGAAAUUUUGGUAGCAAACCAUAAAUUCAGUAGGACAAUAUACUAUAUCCUCAGCUCACCUUAGUUUUACUUGAAAGUAACAAAUUGUGCCAGUUUGUAGUUGUUAGAGAUAAUGAAUUUGUCUGCAAUAAUGAAUUUGUCUGCAACUUCACUAAUCGAGAUAAUAUCUGCAUUUUGAGACACUUUGCAAUGUUUUUAGUUGUUAACUAGAAAUACGCCUUAUAGAAGCUUAUGUUUGUUGUGUCUCGUUGAAUAUUUUUCCUCUCUCUUUUGGAGCUUAAAGGUAAAUUUUUGGAAGUUUUGAGGAGAUAAUGUAACUUUCUUUUCCUUAUAUAGUUUCUUUUAAUGAAUUCAUAUAGGUUGAAUAUUUAGGUUGAAAAUCACAAUUACAACAUUGGUGUUAUUAGCUGUUCGGUCUUAUCAUUAUUUUUAUGAAAUGAAAAUCUUAAUUUAUAUUUCUCACCUCAGUGUAGAUCCUUGAAGAAUUCUGGAACGUAGACUCAUUACAAAUCUUAGAGGAAACUGCGUUGGUAAAUUUGAAUCCACACAAAGGAAACCUUCGGAAUUCGUCGAAAAUCCCUGCUUUGAUAACAUGAACAAUUUUUCUUAAAAAAUACAGUUGGCCAUGGGAAUUUAGCCAGUUUAUAAAAGAUGCCAAGGGAAAUUCCCCUUGCUUCGUUGCCGUAUUUUGGGCCUCAAAUUCCAAUACCAAGGCCUCCAGACCUACUUGACUGUUUAAUAUUUGUUGUAGCAAACCAUCAAUUCAGUAGGGUAAUAUACUAUGUCCUCAACUAAAAGUAACAAAUAGUGUGACCUUAUAGUUGUAAGAGAUAAUGAAUUGUCAGAUUUCGCUGUGGACAAACUUUUGAUGCAUUUACAUUCCGUUCUAGAUUGAAGGCAUUUAGUUUUCUUUUGCUGAAGUUGGUUUGCGAAAGAUAGAAAAGAUAUGCAGCAAAUCUUUAAAUCACGGUAAUUUUUCUUUAAUUUUUGCACAUUGAAGUCUAAUACAACAGAAAUACUUUAUCCUUGACUAUAAAUUCAUCUUUUAAACAGAAGUAUGUAUAGGUUGCAAUGGGAAAUUCAUUUCAUUAUUGCUUUUAAUGCUGAAUUAUUCACUAAACAUAAAAGUUCAAGUCAAGUAAAAUACCAGGCAGCUCGCCUGAUGUCGUCCAAGGGGAAUUCCCUUCGCUCUGUCGCUGAGGUGCCCUGUCCAAGCCCAGUUUAAUGAAGCCGUGUUUUAAUAAUGGUUUGUUAACCUUUUCAUGAAUGUAAACUUAAUUCAACGUUUUAAACAUGUCAGUUUAAUUUCUAAUUCCAAGUUCCUUAAUUAUGACUCCGUUUCAUAGCCUAAAAUUUCGUUUAUCGCAACUUAACUGCUUUUCGCAUGCGGCCAUUACAGGUUUAUCGUCAUUCGGCUGGCUUGAGAUUCGGCUGGCGCAACACAAAACAUGAGAUGGCUUAUUUAAGGUGUUAUUGCAAUAGAAUCGUCUUAAAAUUUGAUAGAUAGCUCUCAUUUUUCUCUGAAAAUGUACCAAAACCUUUCUUAAACUUGUUUGUCGUUUAUAUCGGCAGUAUUUCCUUGAAUUUCGCGCAGGUUGAUGCGUAACAUAAACUCAAACAUCUGGCCGUAUCUAAAAAUAUUUCUGUACAAAAAAUAGACUAAGAUAUGUAGCCGAAGAUCUUAAAGUUUUUGUCGAAUAUUCUCUUAGGCAUUUAGUGAUGUGCUUAAUAAUUCUUAACUUUCGCUUACCGCCCCAUACCGGAGAAGGAUUGUCGUAACUCAUAUUGAUUCCCUUUGGAUGAUAAUACUGUACUUUAGAUGUAUUUUUCAGGUAUUGCGUGUCUGCAGAAACUUUCAGCUUGUCGCUCCUUUUAUAUCUGGGGAUAACAUUUUCCCCUCCGCUGAACAAAUUUUCAAAAGCUAGUCGCCCCCCUCUUCCUCGAGUGAACCUGCUUUCUUCCAUUACUCGAUGAUUUUUGGAGCAGUUAUUCUCGAAAACAGUAGAUCUUGCGAAUCUGUUUCUGGUAUAAGUAUUCAUUGUGUUUUGCUUGGCCUUAGAACGUAUUUUUAAUGUUCCUUUUCUGCCACUGCUUCAUACCUUCUAGGUUUACUAAAACAUUUUUUUUGCCACGCAGAGGAAUUAAAGUUUAAAAACAAAUCCCCCCCCCCCCUAUUUUCCACCUCGCUUUGGACUGAAAGGUUUCCACAUUGUCUUUUUGUACCCAGAAAGAGGCUAUUCUUUGGUCAAAGGGAAUUUCCGAUUGCUUUGAAUUUCACGUAAUGUCAACUCAAACAAUCAGUUUAAUGUUUAAAAAUUUAUGCGAGGGAGGCCGUAUGUCUUAGCGCAUGCGUUAUGUAUUGUCUUCUGCAUUGCGCUGCUGGAAAUUGCCUUCGCCUGUUCGUUAUUUGAAGGGAAUUCCCGGUUGCAUAUUGUGUACAAGGACUGGUGUGCACCAAUUUGGAUAUCAAUUCGGACUUCAGAUUUCCAAAGAAGAGCUGUUGUAUUUCUGGUGCUAUUAGUUUCAUCGAUAUAAAAGUUUAAAAUGGAUGGUGAAAGCAGCAAGAAGCUAAAAAAAGACGUCGAAGCUGGAGCUAAAACAAUAGCAGGCCCACAGUCAUACGAAAACCCAGUACCAGAUGGACCAGGAGAGAAGUGAUUUUGAAAACAAUGUGAACAAGACGCAAUGCAAAGAAAUAGGAUUUGGUUAUUCAAUAACGUGAGCUGUAUGAACUUCAGAAAGCUUUCUUAAAGACUGUCAGUUUUUAAUCUAACUGCAACGAUCUGUUGUGUUGUUAUGAUACCAAAUCAAGUAAGAUAAAUGGCGUAA